GAAAAACUAGUAGAAAAAGAAAAGAAAAGAAAAUAAAAGACGGCUUGAUGGGGGUAAAUAGAACACCCCAAAGCAAGCAAGAGAAGAAAAGAGAGAGCCCUAACACAAUCACAUAAUAAAUAAAACGCAAAAAGAAACCCCCUUAAAACCACCCAAUAUCUCCAUGGCUUUGCGAGUUCAUAUUCUCUACCCAAAUCGUGUCCCUUCACAAUCCACAAACUCCAAAACCAAUUGGAUCCCUACCUUCAAGAAUCAACCCAAGUUUCUAAAAGUAUCAUGCACCAACAACGACGACAUGAGUGAUUUAGAACUGGCUUUAGAUUUUGCAACAGAGGUUGGAAAGAUGAACACCCAGAUUUUACUGAAACAUGAAGCACUCAAGAAAAGUAAAGAGCUUUUGUUCGUUGACUUCUGCAACUACACGGGCUUCAAAUCUGAUGAAAUGAAGAAGAAAUGGAAGAAAUUUAGUGAUGAGGAAAAAUGGGUUAUGAUUAAAAGUUUUGUUUUAGAAUGGAGUGCCCAUUUUCAUCCAUUAUCUGCUAGGUCUGUUAAAGAAUUGGUUGAUGAGUACUUGGUUGAAAACACUACUCACUCCUCUUCUUCUUCUUCUUCUUUUUUCCCUGCUCUCAAAAAAUUGAUGGGGUUUUCUCAGGAUGAUGAUGAAUAGAAUGAGUUUCAGUUUUCUCUUAUUGAUUUUUAGCUAUAUUUUGAUGUAUUCUAAGAAAAAUUUAUACUUGGAUAUAUUAGCCAUUAUUCUUCUUUUAUUUUGUUAA